CCGAGAAACUUCACGCUAUCCCCAUUCUUUUCCAUCACCUUGGCAAUCUCGAAUAUUAUAUUGCCGCCUAAUUCUUAAGCCCCAAGUGCAUAUGGCCCACUAAACUGGACCCUCUAGUAGAACUUUUCGCCGUCGAAUCCUCGUGCGCACAGUGCGUACACUGGUCCUUCGUCAAAUUGUCGAGCAGGAUUCAUAAACACGAGAACGUCACCCAUGCCAGGAUGUAUUAAAAACAGGGGUAUCUUGGUCCCCCGAUGCUGUAGGACGGUGAUCGGGUCAUAUUUGCUGUCCGCAUGAGGCUGAAGACGGGUGACUGGGAUUCGAAAAGAAAAGCGUUACUGGGAUAUCCAUAUUCAAUGUCUUUUGGAGGUAUAUUUUGAGCUUUAGCAUAUCUAUGGAAGAAAGGCCUAGAGAUGGCGAGCUCGCGUUUGACGUUAUUAUCUAUACGACCGGGUUUGAUGCUGUCACCGGCUCUUUCAGAGCGGUUGACUUCCAAGGGAGAGAUGGCCUCAAACUUACAGAUCAGUGGAGCAAGUCUAUCCAAACUUAUCUAGGCCUUACCGUCAACUCCUUUCCAAACAUGUUUAUGGUCAUGAGUCCUCAUCAAAUGUUCAGCAACAUCCCCCGAAGCAUCGAAUACGCCAUCAACUGGAUUUCCAACCUCAUACGUUACGCCGCUGACAACAAUAUCACCUACAUCGAAGCGACGCCGGAGGGAAUGGAUCAAUGGGGGGACCAUGUGAACGAGUGCGCAAUAGGACUUUUGGCAAAUGAAGUGGACUCCUGGAUGACGCGUGUAAAUAAGAAUCUUGCGCACAAGCAAAAGAGGUCGAUAGCGAGAUACAAUGGCCCGGCGCCAGGGUACAGGAAGCGAUGCGAUGAUGUUGCAUCUCGAAAGUAUUCCGACUUGAAGAUAUUUUGAGCGUGGAGUCAAUUUGUUGUACAGAUUUAGAUAUUUCCUUG